AUGGGGAGCCUUCCCUCUGUAAAUUCUGAGUUUCAUCUUGAAAGCAACAAGAAACGCCUUGCAGAUUAUUCGUCUGAAGCAUGGAAGAUACUGGCAGCAUUUGUAGGAGCUGACAGAAGUGGUCAGAUUUUACAAGACUGGGUGAAUAAACCCUGUUCGUACAUCCCUCCCUGUGCAAGAGAUGAUCAGGAGAACUCUGAGAACGUCACGUACAAGCAGAAAUACUGGAAAGAGAAAGUGGGUUCUCAGCCAUUUACAUGCUAUUUUAACCAGCACUUGAGGCCAGAUGAUGUGAUGCUGAAGCGCACCCAUGAUGAGACUGUCCUCUUGCACUGCUUCCUCUGGCCUGUGGUGACAUUCCUGGUUGGAGUCCUCAUUGUGGUCCUGACUAUCUGUGCCAAGAGCUUGGCUGUCAGGGCAGAGGCAAUAAAAAAGAGGAAGCAUUU